AUGAACGACGACACGGCAGCUCAGCUUUCUCAGUUAAAUACGAUAUGGGAACUUGUAGAACAAGAUGCAUCUUUUUUUUUACAGAUUGUUCCAGGAGUUUUGCCUAUUGCAAUGCGGUCAGAGCUCUCAAUACGCCAGUGGAUUGCAGAUUUUCUUGCUUUGACAUUUACAACACCAAAUUUAUCUAUAGAUAACAAGGAAAAGCUUGGAUUGCAAUGCCUUGAGACAUUGAUUAAUUAUGUACAAUUUGAUGAUAUUGUGUUAUUAAAAAGCAUUAUUCGGUGCUGUUCAGCAAUUUAUCCUAUUAUGUUUCGCUAUGUGUCUGUACAACAAAAUCUGUCUGUCUGGAAUCAGGUGAUGCAGAUUAAGAACCGUAUUUUUCAGCUGUGGAAGUCAAAAAAUAGAGGCAUUCGUGUCGCAUGUAUCAAAUUUAUUCAAACUAUAAUACAAACUCAAACGUUGGGUACAAAAGAUCCAAGACUUAUUAAUAAAUCUGAUAUUUCCUUGAAUUUAAUUAUGCCUACACACCCUUUUUUAAAUAGUCUUGAUCUUGAAGCAGAAGCCAAGGGUUUUUUAGAUAGACUUAUCGAAAAUAUGUCUGAAAAACCAUUGGACCCUCUUACGAUCACUGCUACUUUAAAUUGUUUGAUUGUUUUAGCAAAACAUAGGAUAGAUAUAAAUACACGAAUUAUUAAUGGAAUUUUAAGUUUUAGCCCUAUAGAUGACACUUUCAAAGAACAAAAUGACAUGAAAUUACAUAUUCAAACACGAUCAUUAAUCAAAAACAUUAUAAUUGUUUUAACAAAUUUUUUAAGAACUAAUAAUGUAGGUCCUUUGGCCGCAAAAAUUAACCAAUAUCUAUCUGCCCAGGAAAAAUUUGAUAUGCAAGAUGAUAACUCUCGUAAAAGAUUUUUCUCUGACGUUAAUUAUUUUUCUACCAAAAGGAUAAAAAUGGAGAACACAAAUUUACAGAAAAACUCUGAAAUAGUGCCUAAUACAUCUAUUAUUUCAUUAUUUAUGCUUAAUCAGAUGAAAAAAGACAAUCCAUUGCUUUCUAUUGAUGUUACUCAGCUUCCUCAUGAACUUGUAGCAAGAAUUACAAUUGAAAGUCUUUUAUAUAUUAAAAAUGACCUUUUUGAACGCAAUAUUAAUGUAAUAUUGCGAUCGAGACUAUUAGAACAAACACAAUUAAAAGUACCAACGAAUAUCGAAGAAAACAAACUACUCAAAGACUCUUUAAAAAAUAUUACUGAUACUGAAGAAGAUGAUUAUGAGCCGUCUGAUGCAUCUACUUUCCCAUUGGAUGAAAAUGUUAUGAAAAUCCACAAUUUACAAAUCAAAGAAAAAAAUUAUUACGAAAAGACUAUAAAAGCAGCCCCUUUUGAACUCCCUGAUCCGCAACCUUUCACACCGUCUUCACUAACAAAACAAUUCCAUGCUGUUAUAGAUAGAUUAUUUUUAAAUGUUUUCAAAGACACGACAUCAAAUGAUACGAAACACACACGAAUCCUUAAUUUGGAAAACUUAAAAACAAAUAAAUGGAACAAACAGAGUUGGAUUAGAUUGAUUUCUCGUCUUUGUACAAGAGGCCUUAUUACUUCAAAAGAAACUAACGAAAAAAAUAAUAAUGAUCAAAUUUCUUUUUCUCAUUUUGUAAGAAAUAAACUUUUAGAAUAUGUCCUGUCAUACUUUAAAGAACGUAUCCAGUUCGCCGUAACAUGGCUGAGCGAAGAAUGGUACAAUGAUCAUUUAAUGCUACGUAAAAGUAAAGAAGAACUUUUGACCUGGGAAGGCCCUCAAUAUGAAAAAUGGACACUGAUGGUUUUGGACGGAAUUUUGCCCUUCGUCGAGGGCACUAACAAAGCAUUUCUACGGUUCCUGUCCGAUCUGCCCGAGCUUUCUGUAACCUGUAUCCAUCGGCUCCGUAUUCUUUGUCUGGACCCCGAACGAAGCAAACUCGGCUUUGCCGCCUUGCAAUACCUCAUCAUGCUCCGUCCACCCGUCCGGGCUGUCUGUCUUGACUUUGUACAGACUCUGUGGGCUGAAAACCAUUCCGACAUUUCUACUCCUGUUCAACGAAUACUUAGCAAAUAUCGUCCUGAAAUCCUUCAUUCUCCUCAGAUCCCGUCUUCUGCUCCUUCUGACACUUCUCUUUCCCCUCCCACUUCUGAUAUCACUCAUUCUCUCAAGACUUCUUUAUAA